AUUUUUAAUUGGUUCUUCUCGGCUCAGCACCACUGCAGCACUGCUUCCUUCCGCACAUCCAGGAGAGAAGGGAGAAAUGGCGGCAAGAAGCGUCUCCUACAUCACCAGUUCGGAGCUUCUCUCCAUUAAACGUCGUCCAAACGUAGCCAUCGUCGAUGUCAGGGAUGACGAGAGAAGCUACGAUGCACAUAUAGCUGGUUCUCUCCACUGUGCAAGCGAUACCUUCUAUGAGAAGAUCCCUAAGCUCAUACAAGACGUGAAAGGGAAAGAUACCCUUGUAUUCCAUUGUGCCCUCAGCCAGGUGCGUGGCCCAUCUUGUGCUCGCAAGCUUCUGAAUUAUCUUGUGGAAACAAAGGAAGAUGCGGGCAUAAAAAAUAUUUUCGUUUUAGAACGUGGGUUCAAUGGAUGGGAAGCUUCUGGUAGACCCGUUUGUCACUGCACUGACAACCCUUGCAAAAAUGACAAGGCAUAAAGAAUUUUUGAAUGAAGAAAGGUGAAAGGAUAUCAUGGCCCUCUAUAAGCAAUACAUGCUCCAGACUCGAUACACAUUUGAGCAAUUAUGUACCUGAAAUGCUUAUAAAUUUACACGACUUGUUACAACACAAUAUCAACUACUUGUAUUGGUCCAUGGCUGAACCAUGGUCAUACUUCAAUGUUACAAUUCUCUCCCAACUGGAACUCUGGAAGGUUUUCAAGGAAGUUAUAUCGCAUAGUAUUUUUCCUUUUCU